GUCGAGGUGGCGAGCCUUUAAACAUGACCGUAAUUACUGAAAAGGUUACGUUUGAUAUAAAGCAGAUGUUGUCUAUUUUGCCUGUGCGUUUUAUUGUAUGUCUUUGUUAGAAGUUAAAUAACGUUUUAAUAUAGAUUUGAUUAAUUGGCUAUCUGAAUUCAUACUUAAUUCAUGUUUCUCUCUCAAACGCAACAUCGCAUAAUUGUGCGGUAGUUUAUACUCUAUAUAUUACGAUUACCACGAUAUGCGUGCUAUACGCGUUCGGCCUUGAGUCCACACAAACAGGGGGGCAUCAAGCCAUUCAUUGGGAGGAAGACAGAGAGAGGGGAAGAGCAAUACAAACAGACAAUAUUCAAAGCUGGGGAAUCAAAAGCUUGGGGUCCAAACUCAGGAACAAGUGUCCGACUGGAAGGCAGAAUUAGUUAGUUUGAGAUGGCGGAGGUAAGCGAGGUUUUGAUGUCGGUUCUGUCCACAAUUCGGGUUCCGAGGCCCGGGGACCGUGUCCACAAAGACGAAUGCGCCUUGUCAUUUUCUUCUCCGGAGAGUGAAGGAGGCUUAUAUGUGUGCAUGAACAGUUUCCUUGGGUUCGGCAGCCAGUAUGUGGAUAGACACCACACCAGGAGCGGACAGCGGGCUUACCUGCACAUCUCCCGGACCCGCAAAGCUCCCAAGGAAGAUGAGGAGAACUCUGGAUCCGGUGACCCACCCAAGAAGAAGCCAACCCGAUUAGCCAUAGGUAUCGAGGGAGGGUUCAACGUGGAGCAGGAGCAGUAUGAGGAGGAAGUAAAAGUCGUCCUCUUCCCUGAUAGACAGGAAGUUGCAUCCGAUGACCUCGCCACCAUGCCGGACCUUGUGAGAGAGCGGGUAUCUCUAGCCAUGGCAGGGCUGAUGUCUGCAGACUCAGUGUCUCAUGCCCUGCAGGUGCAGCAGUGGGACGGCGAGGUGCGGGCGGAGUCCCGGCACGCCGUCGAACUCAAGCAGCUCGACAACGGCACCAAGAUCCCUCCCAGUGGUUGGCGGUGUGAGGUGUGUGACCUGCAGGAGAACCUGUGGAUGAACCUGUCGGACGGAAGGGUGUUCUGCGGUCGCAGGUAUUUUGACGGCUCCGGGGGGAACAACCAUGCCCUCCUGCACUUCCAGCAAUCGGGACACCCUCUAGCCGUCAAACUGGGCACCAUCACCCCCGACGGAGCAGAUGUGUACUCCUAUGACGAGGAUGAUAUGGUACUGGAUCCAAAGCUCCCCGAACACCUGUCCCACUUUGGCAUCGACAUGAUGACCAUGGAAAAGACGGAGCAUACGAUGACAGAGCUAGAGAUAGCGGUGAACCAGCGUGUGGGGGAGUGGGAGGUGAUCCAGGAGUCAGGGGCCACCCUCCGGCCUCUGUCAGGCCCCGGCCUCACCGGCAUGAAGAACCUGGGCAACAGCUGCUACCUCAACUCGGUCAUGCAAGUCCUCUUCACCGUGCCUGACUUCCAGAGCAAGUACGUCUCCAACAUUGACAAGAUCUUCGAUGAAGCUCCAAGCGACCCCACCCAGGACUUCAAAACCCAAGUAGCAAAGCUGGGCUAUGGUCUGUUGUCGGGCGAGUAUUCCAAACCAGCACCUGACCCCGGAGAGGGCUCUGAACCCAGCUCUGAACCCAGAGGUGACCAGGUUGGCAUAGCGGCACGCAUGUUCAAAGCACUUGUUGGGCGGGGCCACCCAGAGUUCUCCACCAAUCGGCAACAAGACGCCCAGGAGUUCUUAUUACACUUCAUUAAUAUGGUGGAGAGAAACUGUCGUUCGGGGGUGAACCCGUCUGAAGCCUUCCGUUUCUUAGUAGAGGAGAGGAUCGUGUGUCAGCAAUCACAGAAAGCAAAGUACACGCAGAGGGUGGACUACAUCCUCCAGCUACCUGUGCCCAUGGACCAGGCCACCAACACCGAGGAGCUGCAGGAGGCUGAGCGUCGGCGCGAGGAGGCAGACUCGUCGGGAGCCCCUCCCCCCGCGCCGGUGCGCGCCUGUAUCCCGUUCACAGCGUGCAUGGCGGCGCUCAGCGAACCGGAGACUCUCACAGACUUCUGGAGCUCCGCUGCGCAGGCCAAGACCACUGCCACCAAGACCACCCGCUUUGCCUCUUUCCCUGACCACAUGGUUAUCCAGGUUAAGAAGUUCACUUUUGGACAGGACUGGGUCCCCAAGAAACUGGACGUAAGCAUCGACGUUCCCGACACGCUGGACCUGACUGCACUCCGUGGGACCGGCCAGCAGCCGGGGGAGGAGCUUCUGCCAGAGGUGGCCCCACCCCCUCUCAUGACCCCUGACGUGGAGGUCAAAGCCCCAGUCCUGGACGACUCCACCGUGUCCCAGUUAUGUGAGAUGGGAUUCCCACUGGAGGCCUGCAGGAAGGCUGUGUACUAUACUGGGAAUACUGGAAUCGACGCAGCCAUGAACUGGGUCAUGGGCCAUAUGGACGACCCAGAUUUCUCCGCUCCCAUGGUGUUGCCAGGCACCAGCUCGGCUCCCGGAACCACGCCCACAGAGAGCGUUUCUGAGGAGCACCUAGCAACCAUCGUCUCCAUGGGCUUCAGCCGAGACCAGGCCACGCGAGCACUGAGGGCCACGAGUAACGUCCUAGAGCGCGCCGUGGACUGGAUCUUCUCCCACCUUGAUGAUCUAGAGUCCAUGGAAGUUUCGGAGGGGGGCCGCUCGGCCGCCGAGAGUGAGGGGUCCAGGGAGCCCCCUCCUGGGCCUAAAGUCCGAGACGGACCUGGCAAGUAUGAGCUGUUUGCCUUCAUCAGUCACAUGGGCACGAGCACUAUGUGCGGCCACUACGUCUGCCACAUCAAGAAGGACCAACAAUGGGUUAUCUUUAACGAUCAGAAAGUGUGUGCCUCAGAGAAGCCGCCUAAGGACCUGGGUUACCUCUACUUCUACCGGAGAGUCACCGAGUGAACGGAGGGGGGCAGAGUUUAACUUGGGGAGGGGAAGAGGGUCGCUAACAUGUACACACUGUCACACUGAGCUACUAAGAAUGCUCUGACACAAGCUUCUGAACUGACAAAUGUAGGGUUUAAAUAAAUACACUUUUCCUACAGCUAUGUAUGCAGACACAGGCAGGUGGAAUGGAAGGGGUGUUUAAAGGAGAAGUGUCUUUUUUCCAUUUUUAUUUCACUUUUACGAUAAACACUGUAGUGUUGGUGGAAGGCUGCUGGUGUGUUCACCCCUUCUAAGUCUAUACUCAUCUUGCAACUGACACCAGUCAACUCAUAAUAGAUACUGGUAUCAUUAUACAGUGUCUAAUGCAACAAUGUUGCCACCCCCCACUUCCCUGAACAACAUGCCACUCAUCUCUUAUUGACUAGCAUCUGUUGUGUUGUCAUUGCUUCUUAAGCCAAGCACCGCCUCCCUUCUCUCCCCCUUCUGUUUUCCGACAUGGCAUUUUCAUAAGUUCGGCAUCCACAGUAAUAGAGAGAGUUAAUAUACAAAAAAAUGUCAUAAAAUGUGUAUUAAAAAAACCUAAACCAAACUGGUUGUUCUUUCAAGUGUGAUGAGGGUGAUAUCUGGUGUAGUUUUG